AUGAGUAAUUUCAUUGAAGUCCAGAGGUCUAAUAUUCAAGAGAUUGGUAUUAUAGAAGAUUCAUUAUCAAGGAGAUUAUUAAGAAAUCCUUAUAUAUUACCGUCAAACUUACAGCCACGACCAAACAUCCUUGUAUCAAAAGUAACAAAACCAAAUUCAACCAAAAGAAUAUCGAUACUACAACAAUAUGAAUUAGGUUAUUUUAAAGAUCGAUAUAAUCAAAUAAUAAAAGGCUUGAAUCAUUGUCUUACUGACGAGAAGGAGUCAUUUUCCAGGACAUUAGAAUUGAUCACUGAGCCAGGUGAUGGAUUUGAAAAGUUUGAUGAGAUGAUCAAUGGCAUCUCUCUGAAUGACAAUAUAGUGGAAGAUCCAAGAAAGUUGUAUUCUAGCUUCAGUUCAUUAAACAAGGAAUUGAAUCCUCAAGAUGUGACUUUAAAAAUAAAUAAGAAAACUGGUAAAGAACAAGAGUUUGUUAAAAGAAAACAUUUUUUGAGUUCCAUUGCUUCACAUUUGAAAAAUAUAGAGAUUAACGAUAUUAUGGACCUUCAUCAUUUUCAUGAUUUGUAUGUUAGUAAUUUUGGUCCUAUUCUGUACAUUGAAUAUUUGUAUAAAUUCCUGAGUUUCCCCUAUGCCAACGUCAAUGGGUUUUAUUCGAAAUACUUGACAGAAUUGAGUCUGUUUCUAGAGGCUACAUUAAUAAAGUUGCAACCGUUACUAGACUACAAUGCCUUGUUGCAAAAUUGGAAAAAAGAGUAUGACAAUGCUAAUGAAGAAAGGAAGUCUAAUGGCAAUGACGGGGACAAAUUGUUUUGCAAAGCAUGUAAUAAAUUAUUUUCAAAAGAAACUGUUUACCAAUCCCAUUUGUCAGGAAAGAAACAUAAAAAGAAUGCAUCUCAACAAAACCCAGACAACUUUGUGUCUUCGUUGCCUUGGUUGGAAUAUUUCAUUGAAAAGUUGUGUCAAGUGUUGGCCCCAGAAUUGGAAUAUACUAGAGCACAAGUUGAGAAAUUGUCAAACUUGUCGGAAAGAGAGCUACAACUUGAUCGACAGGUGCAACACAAUAUUGAAAAUGAAUUCGUUGCCAUCAACAACGAAUUUGAUGACGAUGAUUUGUCUCAAAAUGAACAUGGCGAUGACGAUGAUAAUGAUAACUAUUUAGAUGACAGCUUUAAGAAUUUACCUUUAGGCCCAGAUGGAACACCGAUCCCAUUUUGGCUAUACAAGCUACAAGGACUACAUAAACAAUACAAUUGUGAAAUUUGCGGUAACAUAAGUUACAAAGGUAAAAGUGUGUUUAUGAAACAUUUCAGUGGAUCUAAACAUCAAUAUGGUUUGAAGUGUCUUGGUGUUGAUGAGAAGAAUAUGAAAAUGUUUAAAAAUAUUACCAAAAUUGAUGAAGCUACUGAAUUAUGGAAAGUGUUGAGAAAGGAGACCAAAUUGAAAGUGACUGAAUUGGAAAAUUCAGUUGAAGUGGAGGAUAAAGAAGGUAAUGUUAUGUCAGAGAAGGAUUAUAUAGAUUUGAAAAAACAAGGGUUAUUAUAG